AUGUUUUUAAAAUUACUUUAUUUAAAUCUUUUAUUAUAUGCAUAUUUCAAUUUUGAAAUAUUUGCCAAACCAAAAUCAAAAAAGGUAACGGCUAGCACGUCGAAAACGAUCACAACAUCGUUUGCUGGAAUAACAGAAAAUGAUCUUGGCAAUAAUUAUGAACAGGCAUUCUUUGGAAGUGAUAAAGAGCAAAACGGAGAAAAUUGGAAAACAUUAAUACGAAAAAACACGGCAUUUUUGUUAAACGAGAGGAUUAAUGCUGCUUUAAAGAAAAUUGAGGCAAACAAAAAAUUGCCGAAAAAAGCUGUUAAAGGCUUGUCCGAAGAAGCGGUCAAUGAAAAAGAGAAAAAAGAAUUUGAAAAAAUUGUAGAGAGUUUUAAAUUGGUGUAUAAAGAAUUUGUGGAAGAGAAUCAAGACAAAAUAGAUACUGAAUGGAGGAUUAUGUUGAAUUUAUUAGAAUAUGAAAAAUUCUUUGAAAAUUUAGCCUCGGAAAAUCCCUUGAAUAAUAAGAAUAUAUUAAUCAAUGAAGAGUUUGAAUCACUCGAAUCAAAUCUAUAUGAGAUUGGAGGUGAUGAAUAUGACAACUUAGAGGAACACUUUAAACAAUUAUUAGCCAACUUGCAUUUUGAAAGGUUGAAAUUCACUAAACAAAUUUAUUUUAUUUAA